AUGGUCCCACAGAUCCCUGUAGUUAGUCAAGCCCAGCAGACAUCCCAACAACCACCUCCUCAAAAUAUCCAGCAGAAACAACCAGAAUAUCUAAAUGAAGAGAAACUGCAGGAGAAAGCACGUAAGUGGCAACAGUUACAGUCCAAGAGAUAUGCUGAGAAAAGAAAAUUUGGUUUUAUUGAUGCCCAGAAAGAAGACAUGCCGCCAGAACAUGUCCGUAAAAUUGUACGAGACCACGGUGAUAUGACCAACAGAAAAUUCCGACAUGAUAAAAGAGUCUAUCUAGGAGCGUUGAAAUACAUGCCUCAUGCUGUAAUGAAACUAAUGGAGAAUAUGCCGAUGCCAUGGGAACAGAUUCGAGAUUGUAAAGUUUUAUAUCAUAUUACUGGUGCUAUAACAUUUGUUAAUGAAAUACCAUGGGUUAUAGAACCUGUUUAUAUUGCACAGUGGGGAACCAUGUGGAUUAUAAUGAGAAGAGAAAAGAGAGAUAGAAGACAUUUUAAGCGAAUGAGAUUUCCUCCGUUUGAUGAUGAGGAACCUCCGUUAGAUUAUGCUGAUAAUGUAUUAGAUGUUGAACCAUUAGAAGCUAUACAGUUAGAACUAGAUACUGAUGAAGAUAAAGAUAUAUUAGACUGGUUUUACGAUCACAAACCACUUUCUGAUUCCAAAUAUGUGAACGGUUCGACGUAUCGAAGAUGGAAUUUAAGUUUACCAAUAUUAUCAGUGCUGUAUAGAUUAGCCAAUCAGCUUCUUACUGAUUUAGUGGACGAGAAUUUCUUCUAUUUAUUUGAUCUGAAGUCUUUCUUCACAGCCAAGGCAUUAAACUUAGCUAUACCUGGUGGACCCAAGUUCGAACCUUUAGUUAAAGACAGAGACUGGCAAGAUGAAGAUUGGAAUGAGUUUAAUGAUAUCAAUAAAAUUAUAAUUCGUCAGCCAGUUCGUACAGAAUAUAGAAUAGCUUUCCCUUAUCUUUAUAAUAAUAUGCCUUAUAAAGUACAUCUUUCAUGGUACCACACACCAAAUGUUGUGUUUAUUAAAACAGAAGAUCCUGAUUUACCAGCGUUCUAUUUUGAUCCUUUGAUUAACCCUAUUUCACAUCGUAAUGUUGUCAAGGUGAGUACCAGGGUUCUUGAUAUGGGAAUGGAUCCACUACCAGAAGACGAUGAAGAGUUUGAACUUCCAGAAUAUGUGGUACCGUUUCUACAAGAAACCCCAUUGUACACUGACAACACAGCUAAUGGUAUAGGGUUGAUCUGGGCACCACGUCCGUUUAAUCUACGGUCUGGUAGAUGUAGAAGAGCUAUAGAUGUUCCUUUAGUUAAAAACUGGUAUCGUGAACAUUGUCCAGCUGGUAUGCCAGUGAAAGUUCGAGUUUCCUAUCAGAAAUUGUUGAAAUAUUUUGUUAUAAACGCCUUAAAACAUAAACCUCCUAAAGCCCAGAAGAAAAGAUAUUUAUUCCGAUCGUUCAAGGCUACCAAGUUUUUCCAGACAACUCAGUUAGAUUGGGUUGAGGUUGGGUUACAAGUUUGUCGUCAAGGAUAUAAUAUGUUGAAUCUGUUGAUUCAUCGUAAGAAUCUGAAUUAUCUUCAUCUAGAUUAUAACUUUAACUUAAAACCUGUUAAAACAUUGACCACUAAGGAAAGAAAGAAGUCAAGAUUUGGUAACGCCUUCCAUCUGUGUAGAGAGAUAUUAAGACUGACCAAGUUGGUAAUAGAUGGACAUGUACAGUACAGACUGGGCAAUGUGGAUGCUUAUCAGCUAGCUGAUGGGUUACAGUAUGUAUUUGCUCACGUUGGUCAGUUGACUGGAAUGUAUCGUUAUAAAUAUAAACUAAUGAGACAGAUUAGAAUGUGUAAAGAUAUCAAGCAUCUUAUCUACUAUAGAUUUAACACAGGUCCAGUAGGUAAAGGCCCAGGAUGUGGAAUCUGGGCCCCAGGCUGGCGUGUCUGGUUGUUCUUUAUGAGAGGAAUAACUCCACUGUUAGAAAGAUGGCUGGGUAAUCUUCUCUCUCGACAGUUCGAAGGUCGUCACUCGAAAGGCGUGGCUAAAACUGUCACCAAACAAAGAGUAGAGAGUCAUUAUGAUUUGGAACUCAGAGCUGCUGUAAUGCAUGAUAUAUUAGAUAUGAUGCCUGAAGGAAUUAAACAGAAUAAAGCUAGAACUAUUCUACAACAUCUGAGUGAGUCAUGGAGAUGCUGGAAGGCUAAUAUUCCCUGGAAGGUACCAGGAUUACCAACACCAAUAGAGAACAUGAUUUUACGAUACGUCAAGGCUAAAGCUGAUUGGUGGACUAAUACUGCUCAUUAUAAUAGAGAGCGUAUUCGACGUGGAGCCACGGUUGAUAAGACAGUAUGUAAGAAGAAUUUAGGAAGAUUAACACGUCUAUAUCUUAAAUCAGAACAGGAACGUCAACAUAAUUAUUUAAAGGAUGGACCAUACAUCACAGCAGAAGAAGCUGUAGCUAUUUAUACCACUAUGGUUCAUUGGUUAGAAAGUCGACGUUUCUCACCUAUUCCAUUCCCUCCUCUCUCUUACAAACAUGACACCAAAUUACUUAUACUGGCUCUAGAGAGGUUGAAAGAGGCCUACAGUGUAAAGAGUCGAUUGAAUCAAUCACAGAGAGAAGAAUUAGGUCUGAUAGAACAAGCCUACGAUAAUCCUCACGAAGCUUUGUCCAGAAUUAAACGUCAUCUUCUAACACAAAGAGCUUUUAAAGAGGCUGGAAUAGAGUUUAUGGAUCUGUACAGUCAUCUAAUACCAGUAUAUGAUGUAGAACCACUAGAGAAGAUCACAGAUGCCUAUCUUGAUCAAUAUCUAUGGUAUGAAGCUGAUAAACGCCGUCUGUUUCCGUCGUGGAUUAAACCCUCGGAUUCUGAACCACCUCCGUUACUCACCUACAAAUGGUGUCAAGGUAUCAACAAUUUACAAGAUGUUUGGGAUACGUCUGAAGGUGAAUGUAAUGUAAUGUUAGAAUCAAGAUAUGAGAAAAUGUAUGAGAAGAUAGAUUUAACAUUAUUAAAUAGAUUAUUACGAUUAAUAGUAGACCAUAAUAUUGCUGAUUACAUGACAGCUAAAAACAACGUCGUUAUUAAUUAUAAGGAUAUGAACCAUACCAACUCGUACGGUAUUAUUCGGGGAUUACAGUUCGCCUCUUUUAUAGUCCAGUUCUAUGGUUUGGUGUUAGAUUUAUUAGUAUUAGGUCUACAUCGUGGUAGUGAGAUGGCAGGACCGCCACAGAUGCCAAACGAAUUCCUGACAUUCCAAGAUGUUGCCACGGAAACUAGUCAUCCAAUCAGAUUAUAUUCACGAUAUAUUGAUAAGAUUCACAUCUUCUUCAGAUUUUCUGCUGAGGAGGCUCGUGAUUUGAUUCAGAGAUAUUUAACAGAACAUCCCGAUCCAAACAACGAGAACAUCGUGGGAUAUAACAAUAAAAAAUGUUGGCCGAGAGAUUCCAGAAUGAGGCUGAUGAAACAUGAUGUUAAUCUUGGUCGAGCUGUAUUCUGGGAUAUAAAGAAUCGUUUACCAAGAUCAGUAACAACCGUCCAAUGGGAGAGUAGCUUUGUCUCUGUCUACAGUAAAGAUAAUCCCAAUCUACUGUUCAAUAUGUGUGGUUUUGAAUGUCGUAUUUUACCCAAGUUACGAACAACUCACGAAGAAUUUACUCAUAAAGAUGGCGUCUGGAAUCUACAAAAUGAGGUAACAAAAGAAAGAACAGCUCAAUGUUUCCUCAGGGUAGAUGAUGAUUCCAUGGGCAAAUUCCACAACAGAGUUCGACAGAUUCUUAUGGCAUCUGGCUCAACUACAUUUACUAAGAUUGUAAAUAAAUGGAAUACAGCUUUAAUAGGAUUGAUGACGUAUUUCCGUGAAGCCGUAGUUAACACACAAGAGUUACUGGACUUGUUAGUCAAAUGUGAAAAUAAGAUACAGACUCGAAUUAAGAUUGGUUUAAACUCGAAGAUGCCUAGUCGAUUCCCACCGGUCGUGUUUUAUACACCCAAAGAAUUAGGAGGGUUGGGUAUGUUGUCUAUGGGGCACGUUCUGAUCCCUCAGUCUGAUUUACGAUGGUCCAAACAGACAGACGUCGGUAUCACUCAUUUCCGAUCUGGUAUGAGUCAUGAUGAAGAUCAGCUGAUUCCUAAUUUAUAUCGAUAUAUCAUGCCGUGGGAGAGUGAGUUUAUUGAUUCUCAGAGAGUCUGGGCCGAGUAUGCCUUGAAGAGACAGGAGGCCAACGCUCAAAACAGACGUUUAACUCUAGAAGAUUUAGAAGAUAGUUGGGAUAGAGGUAUACCACGUAUUAAUACACUGUUUCAGAAAGAUCGUCAUACUCUAGCCUACGAUAAAGGUUGGAGAGUUCGUACAGAUUUUAAACAAUAUCAGGUUUUAAAACAGAAUCCAUUCUGGUGGACACAUCAACGUCACGAUGGUAAACUGUGGAAUUUAAAUAACUAUCGUACAGAUAUGAUACAAGCUCUAGGUGGUGUCGAGGGUAUUCUAGAACAUACAUUAUUCAAGGGAACUUACUUUCCUACAUGGGAAGGUCUCUUUUGGGAGAAAGCCAGUGGUUUUGAAGAAUCAAUGAAAUAUAAAAAACUAACUAACGCUCAGAGAUCUGGUUUGAAUCAGAUUCCUAAUAGACGAUUUACUUUAUGGUGGUCUCCUACUAUUAAUAGAGCUAAUGUGUAUGUUGGUUUCCAAGUCCAGUUGGAUCUGACAGGAAUUUUUAUGCAUGGUAAAAUUCCUACCCUGAAGAUCUCCCUGAUUCAGAUAUUCCGUGCCCAUUUAUGGCAGAAAAUACAUGAAAGUGUUGUCAUGGAUUUAUGUCAGGUAUUUGAUCAAGAAUUAGAUGCAUUAGAAAUAGAAACAGUCCAGAAAGAAACUAUCCAUCCCCGUAAAUCUUAUAAAAUGAACAGUUCCUGUGCUGAUAUAUUAUUAUUUGCUGCUUAUAAAUGGAACGUAUCAAAAUCUUCACUGUUAGCUGAUUCCAAAGAUGUGAUGGAUGGAGCUACUACCCAGAAAUAUUGGAUAGAUGUUCAGUUACGAUGGGGUGAUUACGAUUCUCACGAUAUAGAACGUUACGCUCGUGCCAAGUUUCUAGAUUAUACAACUGAUAAUAUGAGUAUAUACCCCUCACCUACUGGUCUAUUAAUAGCUCUCGAUCUCGCCUACAGUUUACACAGUGCCUAUGGUAAUUGGUUCCCGGGUUCGAAACCUCUGAUACAGUCGGGAAUGGCCAAGAUAAUGAAAGCCAACCCUGCGUUAUAUGUAUUAAGAGAACGUAUUAGAAAGGGGCUGCAACUCUAUUCCUCGGAACCGACUGAACCUUACCUGAGUUCCCAGAAUUACGGAGAGCUGUUUUCCAAUCAGAUUAUUUGGUUUGUGGAUGAUACCAAUGUCUACCGUGUUACCAUACACAAGACAUUUGAAGGUAACUUGACAACCAAGCCUAUCAACGGAGCCAUCUUUAUAUUCAAUCCUAGAACUGGACAAUUGUUCUUAAAGAUUAUUCAUACAUCAGUUUGGGCUGGACAAAAACGUCUUGGACAGUUGGCUAAAUGGAAGACAGCUGAGGAAGUGGCUGCGUUAAUCCGUUCUCUGCCAGUAGAAGAACAACCCAAACAGAUUAUUGUCACCAGGAAAGGAAUGUUGGACCCCCUCGAGGUUCAUUUACUGGAUUUCCCAAACAUUGUAAUUAAGGGCAGUGAGUUACAGUUACCAUUCCAGGCUUGUUUAAAGGUGGAGAAGUUUGGUGAUUUGAUAUUGAAGGCUACCGAACCUCAGAUGGUGUUAUUUAAUCUCUAUGAUGAUUGGUUGAAAACUAUCUCCUCAUAUACUGCAUUUUCUCGUUUAAUCCUGAUUCUCCGAGCUCUACAUGUAAACAAUGACAGAACUAAGAUUAUAUUGAAACCAGAUAAAACAACGAUUACAGAAGCCCAUCAUAUCUGGCCAACUCUCUCAGACGAGGAAUGGAUGAAAUUAGAAGUUCAACUGAAAGAUCUAAUUCUGGCUGAUUAUGGCAAGAAAAACAAUGUUAACAUAGCCUCUCUUACCCAGUCUGAAAUCCGAGAUAUUAUUUUGGGUAUGGAAAUUUCUGCCCCGUCUGCUCAAAGACAACAAAUUGCUGAGAUUGAAAAACAGACAAAAGAACAGUCACAGUUGACAGCCACGACGACACGAACUGUUAAUAAACAUGGUGACGAAAUCAUCACCUCGACAACCAGUAACUAUGAGACAUCAACAUUCUCAUCUAAAACAGAGUGGCGAGUUCGAGCAAUCUCGGCAACCAACCUUCAUCUUCGUACCAACCAUAUUUACGUUUCAUCAGACGACAUUAAAGAAACAGGCUAUACUUAUAUUCUACCUAAAAACAUUCUCAAAAAAUUCAUCAUUAUUUCUGAUCUCCGGGCACAGAUUGCAGGUUAUCUCUAUGGUUACAGUCCCCCAGAUAAUCCUCAAGUAAAAGAAAUUCGUUGUAUAGUUUUACCUCCACAGUGGGGAACUCAUCAAACAGUACAUCUACCUAAUAUAUUACCAGAUCACGCCUAUCUUAAGGAAAUGGAACCUCUAGGAUGGCUACACACCCAACCAAAUGAAUUACCCCAGCUUUCCCCUCAAGAUAUUUCAACUCAUGCUAAGGUGAUGGCUGAUAAUACAGCUUGGGAUGGAGAGAAAACAGUUAUCAUUACUUGCAGUUUUACCCCAGGUUCAUGUUCUCUAACAGCUUAUAAACUGACACCAACUGGUUUCGAAUGGGGUCGACAGAAUAAAGAUACAGGAAACAACCCUAAAGGUUACCUCCCCUCUCAUUACGAACGUGUACAGAUGUUGUUAUCAGAUCGUUUCCUUGGUUUCUUCAUGGUUCCAUCUACCUGUUCCUGGAACUAUAACUUUAUGGGUGUCCGUCACGACCCGAAUAUGAGAUACGAACUACAACUAGCAAAUCCUAAAGAAUUUUACCAUGAAGUUCAUCGUCCCUCACAUUUCCUGAACUUCAGCACCAUGGAAGAUUCAGAAACAAUCGGUGCUGAUCGUGAAGACAUGUAUUCCUAAAUUUAUUUCUAGUUCUUACAGUGCUUUUCUUCACACAUUUCCUGUGCUAUAAUGUUUAUUUGGUAUUAAAAUAGUCAAUUCAACAUCUUUUAAUGAGUUCCACGUAUUUAGAAGUUGCCCUGAAGAUUUUAUUACAUAAUAGCUAGUGCUAUUCAUUCAUUCAUUCAUUCAUUUGUUUGUUUGUUCAUUCAUUCCUGUUUUUGAAUUCUUCAUGAGCUAAAGUAUGACAAAGGUUUAGAUGUGUGACUAUUUGAUAUUAUAAUAUCUCAAAAUUUUUGUUCAAAAAAGUGCUGAUUAUUUCAUUAGUUUGUAAUUUGUAAAUAUUAGAAUUCUCUGAAAGUUAUAUUUUAUAUAAAUGGUAUUUUGUAAAGGAGAAUGUGUACCAGCUAUAUAGAAACAACAAUGAUUGGUUUAUAUAUUCUGUCUCAUUCUAGAAAAGUUAAAUUCAUCCUAUAAAAAUAAUUUUAAUGAUUGAUUAAUCAUAUAACUUAAACACUGGAAUUAUCUUUAGCUAAGGUUUUACAAAUACUAGAAAAAUACUUGUUAAAUCUCUGAAUUUUUGUACCUGAUCAGGAUUUCUCAGUAGCACAUUCACCUCCAUUAAAAAAAAUUCUGAAAAUAAUUUGAAGAUGUUUGUAAAUAUAUGUAUAUAUAUAAAAUCAUGUUUUCUAUUUAGUUUAUUGUUUAAGAUUUUUUGUACAUUUUGAGGAUUUUUAAAACAUAAACACCACAAUCUUCUUAACUUGGU